GUGGCUCGCUCGAGCUCGGCUCAUUGACAGCCCUCCCGCUCAGGGCCACAGGUUCAUCUCCUCCCUCUUUCUUAAACCUUUCCCUUCUCUCGGGCUCUCUCCUCCCUUGCUCUUCCUUCCCUGGCGGCGACGACUGGGCGAGCGGCGGCGCCAUUUGUCCUGUCUUCGCCCAGCCCUUUGCCGGCGACGAGCGCAUCCUGCAGAAUUAUCGGGUGUACAUGUGUAGACCCAUGUCCUAUGCUGGGUCCUCCCCUGCCUACUUCUGGAAGCAGAUGGGCAAGGCCAUGCUCUGCACUUACACUCUCUUUGGCGUCGCCUGGCUCUGGAACGAGACGUCGCCGCUCGGCUGGUGGACGCUCAAGCCACGCCCCAAGGAAGAAAAAGAAAUGGCACACCUUUAUGAGCGCAGGAAGUUCCCGUACCCUGGUGAUGAAGAGGCAGUUGAGGAGUUUAUAAAAAGCGGAGGUGCUCUUGGAACCACAAUUGGACCCAAGGGUUUUGCUGAUGCCAAUAUGGAUUCUGAAAACAUGCAGAAGCAGUUGCAGUCUAAAAAAUUUGAGCAGGAAGCGCAGAAGCUAUGGCUUCGUAUGAGGAAUGAGGUUAUACAGGAGCUCCAAGAGAAGGGAUUUGAUAUCGAAUGAAUUUUAGAUCUGCAGUAUGGUCAUCACCGAUAACUUUAAAGUUAAAACCAUGCUGUUGAAAUUGGAGAACUAUUUCUUGGGAACAUAAAAGUUUGUAGGAUCUGUCUUUUUCACUGUCUGGCACGUGUCAAGUGCUGCUUGAUUGUAUUGUAAAUACCCUGUUUUGUGAAGAACUUAAGAUCUCAUUCGGACCUCCUUAACAUUAUAUUGCCUGACUACCAGGAAGUCGCUCUUCUGAAAAUUACUCA